AUGGAUAAGUCGCCACCGGGUUCGCACCGCUAUCUUUUCAAGCCAGCAGGCUUUGAUCCUCUGGAGGCACGGUCGCGCCGUCACGAGGUCACCGUCAAGCUAAGGAAGUCCAAGAGAGAGGAGGCUUUUAUGAAGCAACGUAACAUAACAUGGGAAUCUUUGGAGGAUGAUUCGAUGACGCCACAGAUGAUAGACACUGAUAAUGAUAACCAGGACAUGAUGCUGGUCGAUGAUGUAAAUAUCGAUAAUAUAAAUAAACUAUGCGAUUCUAUAACGCCAGCUAAUAAUAAUGUUGACAUUAAUACAGUUGCGAAAACUGUACAGAAGAUAAUGGUUUUUGUGGCUAGCUGUGAUAACGAACGUGGUCACAUUAUGGGCCUCCAAUGUGCCCGAAAAUUGCUAGGCUGCCUCCAGGAUCCACCCAUCGACAUGAUGAUCCAGCAUGGAAUAUUACCGUGUUGCGUGGACUUCUUGAAAAGGAAUCACAAUCCGAAAUUGCAAUUGGAAGCUGCCUGGACCCUGACCAAUAUCACCUCGGGCAAUACCGAACAAACAAUGGCGGUAGUAAAAUCUGGAGCAGUCGCCCCUCUGAUGGCACUGUUGCGUUCCGAAUCAACGGAUGUCGUCGAGCAAGUCCUCUGGGCGCUGAGCAAUAUAUCUGCCGAGUGCCGAGAUCUGGUCUAUGGCCUUAAUAUCAUCGAUGAAAUUAUGCCGCUGCUCGAGGUCAAGGGUCCGAUCACCUAUAACCGCAAUCUGACCUGGCUGAUCUCUAUUUUGUGUCGCUCCGAGAUGGAUUCGGCGAGCUUUGCCAAGAUCUGCAAAUUCCUGCCACAUCUGAUGUGUCAAUUGUGCAACCCACUCGAAUUGGGUAUCUUGUCCAACACCAUUUGGGCAUUCACCUAUCUGACCGACCACAGCGUUCAUCAGACCCAGGUGGUGCUCCAGACGGGUGCCCUGCCAUGGAUCGUCGGCCAACUGACUAUCCAAACGCACAUAUCCGUCUUGAUGCCGGCACUGCGUUGCGUUGAGAAUGUUAUCGCCAAAACGGAAGACUUCGGCAAUUAUGCGAUAUCGGUGGGGUGCCUGCCGUAUCUAGGAAAUUUGUUGGAACACGAGAAGCCAAUGGUCGUUAAGCGGACCGUCUGCAUUUUCACCCAGCUGUCUUAUAACCAAAAUCAAAUCCAGGCCAUGCUGGAGGCAAAAAUAUACACGCAGCUGGCCAAAAUUUUGUCGAACGGCGAUUUCCGGAUCCAAAGAGAGGUAGUCGUGUGCAUUUGCAAUACGAUCACAUUCGGAACUCCGCACCAAACCAUAGCCAUGGUGGAUGAAUAUGACAUUUUCCUGCCGUUCAUUAAGCUGCUCGAUUCACAAGACACCAGGAUCUUGAUACGCAUCCUGACCGGAAUCGAGGGACUGUUCAACCUGGCCGAAAAUCUGCAGUCUAUUCAAAUCUUUACCUUUAAAUUUGAAGAACUGGGCGGAUUGGAGAGACUGGAGAAGUUGAAGUUGCACUAUAAUGAGGCUGUCCAUGAAAUGUCUGUAAAGUUAAUUGAAUCCUAUUAUCCGGACGAUGAUAAUAUGGAAACACCCCAGAGCGUCACACAACAAGCUCAUGUUGCUGGAGAUCAGUCAGGGCCAAAUGGACUUAGUCAACAAUUGCAAGUCGCAUUAACACCCCCAGGAGCAGCGGGACCAGGAUUGUCAGCCGAUGGCCAGUCCUUUGAGAUGUCGACUCCACCGCCGCCAAUGGAUGGAUAUCAAUUCUAG